AUGGCUACAGAAGUCGAAACAGUAACGGAGCUGCCCCGGUACAUUCAGGUGGCAGAGACGAAGUAUGAGUUGGAUUGGGCGGACCUUGCGACGCUUGAUCUGUCACAAUUCGAUGCUCCCGGAGGCAAGCAAAGAUUGGCUGAUCAGCUCUUCAAUGCCAUCCAGAAUGUUGGCUUCUUCUACAUCAUCAACUUCGGGUUGACGCAGGAAGAGGUGGAUCGGCAAUUCGCGAUUGGGAAAGAGCUCUUCCAGCUGCCCAUGGAAGAGAAGUUGAAGUACCGAGCCAACAUAGAGGAGGGAGGGUACAACGGCUACAAGCCGCUGGGACUGAGAGAGAUUCGGCCGGGCAAGUUCGACAACACGGAAAUUUAUAACAUUCCAAAGUUCAUUCCGGCAUACGAGCAGGACCACCCGGCAAUCGUCAAGCAGCACAAGCCGGAGAUCGAGCGGUUUGCGCGGCACAUUUUCGAUGAGAUUGUGCAGAAGCUACUUGUGCUUCUUGCCAUCGUGCUGGAGCUCCCGGAGAAUUACUUCCUGGAACGGCAUAGGUACGAGGACAAGAGCGAAUGCCACCUCAGAUACAUGAAGUAUCAUAAGCGCAGCGCGCAAGAGAACACGGAGCUGGAGAACGUGUGGGUCAAGGGCCACACGGACUUUGGUAGUCUGACGCUGCUGUUCCGGCAGCCGGUGGCAUCGCUCCAGGUGCGCACGCCACAGGGGGAGUGGAAGUACGUCAAGCCGCAUCCGGCGAGCAUCACGGUCAACCUGGCGGAUUACCUGGACUUCAUCACGAACGGGUUCCUUAAGAGCAGCAUUCACCGGGUGGUUGCGCCGCCGCCCGACCAGACCGAUGUCGAUCGGCACGGGGUUCUGUACUUCGUCAGGCCGACGGAUGACACGGAGCUGCGGCCGGUGGAGAGCAAUGUGUUGAAGAAACUGGGGUAUGACCAGGUCAAAGACGAGGCGGUGGUGGGCAUCACGGCAGGGCAGUGGGUGAAGGCCAGGGUCAAGACCAACGUCAUGAAAGUGCCUGAGAAGGGAAGGAACGACCACGUCAUCGUUAACGGCGUCAAGGCGACGUACUACGACUGA